CUAUGUACCUUCAUCUGCUUUGCUCUGGCUUUCCUUGAAACCUCCAGGGCCCUCGUACGACAUCCCAGCAUCGAAUCAAUCUAUCAAUCGCUCGUUGGACAGAACCUCGAUAUGGCCUACCCUUUUCUGAGCCAGGCCUUCGCGGGGCCUGUCAGCGGUCCGUCCGCGAUUGACCUAUCGAACGAGGUCGAUGAUCUGCUGGAUGACGACGAGCUGGCGAAUCAGGAGGCGGGUUACACUUCCCGUGACAACAUCCUCUUCUGUAUCGAUGGAUCAAUGGCGAUGCAACGACCUCUUCCGGAUUCCACGUCGGAAGAAAGCGAGACCAAUGAGGACAACACGGAUGCCGAAGGAAGGUCUCUAGAUACAACAGGAAAGGGAAAAAGCCCGCUUCAUAUUGCGUUGGAGAGUGUUCUGGGAGUAAUGAGGGGAAAGAUCUUAAGCGGUCCAAACGACUAUAUCGGGGUCCUGAUCUACAAUAUCGCUAGGAAGCAACUUGACACUCCUCAAGAAGAACAGGGAGGAACGAUCUUGGAUACCCGGCAACAUGGCAUGAUCCUGUACCUCCCGCUUCGACAGAUCGGAGCUGACGAGAUCAAGACGCUCAACCAGUUCAUGGAAGAGGCCAACCUUGAACUUGCGGCACAAGAUGCGGAUGAAGAGACAAGAGAACAGCCGAGCGUGAUAUCCGAGAUGUUUCCGCCCGCUCAAUCUGGAGAAGAGGUCGAUAUUGCCGACGCAUUUGAGGGGUGUCUUCAUGCGUUUAGGGAUGCUGGUGCCAAGCUCCCGGGAAACAAGCGAAUCUUCCUGGUCACGAACAACGACCAUCCGGAUCGGAUCCCUACUCAGAUCACGUCGUCUGCGUCGAAUCGGAUAGAUACUCGUGGUCCGGCCAGAACGAGAUAUAUGGACCUGCUUUCGUUGGGAGUGAUGAUCGAUCCUUUCUUCAUCAGCGCAACCGAGGAAGCUUUCGACGACGAGUUUUACUGGAACGAUAUCCUGAAUCGAGCGACUGAGACGGAAGAUGCGAGCCAAGACGACCCGACGAACCUCCCAACGCUGAAGGUCGGGAGCGGGGAUGGAUUGAUGAAAUUGAGAGAAUUGCUGCAAGAACAGGUCUUUCGAACGAGCUCAAAGCGUGUGCUGUUUAACGUCCCACUGCGGUUCGGAGGAAAAGAUGGAGAUAUUAUGAUUAGCGUCAACGGGUAUUCGAUCAUCGCCGCGACUAAGAAACCUACUACUAGAUUGUAUGACCUCUCCGGCCGACAACCUGUAGAAGCGAAAAGCCGCACUCUUUACACUUCGACGGCUACUGGAGAUCGACUUGAUACCAAUGAGAUCGGGUUUGCCUACAAUUUUGGGAAAUCGGACGCUCCUACGACACUGGUAAACCCACCUUGGCAACAACGCAUGAAAGACUACUACGAGGAACACGGGGAGCCUGAACAGGAAGACGGGGGGGACGACACUGAAGAUGAGGAGGAUGAGACAUCCCCUGCUGGUAAAAGCAAUGUUGAGCACAAGAUUCAGACUCGUGUCGCUUUGACGGCUAGGGAUAUCAAGGAGUACAAGACAUUGGGCUUGGAUCCGCAGAUCAAGAUCGUUGGCUUUAUGGACCCGAAGAAUGUGCGCUUCGAGCUCAAUGUCAAGAACUCCAUAUUCAUCUACCCCGAUGAGAGGACGUUCUCGGGAAGUACUCGAACCUUCGCAGCUCUCCUUGCUGCUUGUUUAUCGCGGAACAAAUGUGCGCUUGCAUUCGCCUUCACGCGAAGGACCUCGACGCCCUACUACGCUGCUAUGAUUCCUCAGGCCGAACAAGCGGAGACUGGAGCUCCGCCUGGCUUCCACAUGGUCCCUCUGCCGUUCGCGGACGAUCUCAGGGCCCGACGAGAAAAGAUCCCCAAGACCAUGCAGAUCUGUACGCCAGAGCAGGUCGACGCGAUGGGCAAUAUCCUCAAGAAACUCCGUUUGAAACAGUCGACCUAUGAGCCUCGCGCUUAUCCGAACCCCGGCCUCAACUACUUCUUUGGGCAGCUGCAAGCACUCGCUUUCGAGGAGGAGUUCAAGCCGGAAAAGAUGUAUGAUAAAACGAAACCCUUGUUGGACGGAAUGCACGCGCACGGGGGCGAGGCUAUGAGAGCUUACAACCACCAGUUGGAUCUCGAUGAGCGUGCCAUGGCUCCCCCGACGAAAUCAGAAACCACCAAGAUGAAACGCACAAAAGCAGAAGAAGAAUUACCUGACGUGACCGAUGCAUAUAUGGAAGAAAGUUGGCGUACAGGGAACAUGAGCAAGAUGACGGUUCCCUAUCUCAAGGGAUUCGCGAAAAGGGUUGGCAUCGAGCCAGAAGGCAAGGCAUUGAAGGGCGAUUGGAUACGAUUAAUCUCUGCGCACUUCGAAUCGGCUGCCGAAGAUGUGAAACCCGCCAAGAAACAGAGGCUGAAAUGAUUCCCCCCCCUCUAGUGGCUGAACGAUCUGUACACUCCUCAGCCUUCCAGCUGUGCUCCCCAUUCUCUAAAGAUGUCAGUAGCAGUCAGUAGAUCCUACUUGGUAUUC